AUGUUCACCUUCCGGGUGUUCCAGCGAGCUGCCAGUCAAGCAGCUUGCCGGCGUUUUCAGCACAGCUCUAAAACUGUUUUCAGGUUCGGACAAGGUCCGCAGUUUCAACCACGACGGUCUCUCUUUUGGGGUCCUCGCUCGCGUUAUAGGCGAUUUGGUGAUGGCAAUGGGUAUGGCCAGGAGCAGGGGCAGCAACAGCAAUGGAGCAACUUUGGCCCCGUCUUUCGCAUGCAGUACCUCUGGCGGAACUACCAGAGGCCGCUGACUGUGAUUGGUGUGGGCGGUGGCGUAUUCUACGUCUACAAUCUUGAAGAGGUCCCAGUCACUCACAGACGACGGUUUAAUAUGAUCUCUCCGUCAGCAGAGAAGGAAUUCUUCGGCGGAGCCGGAAUGUACAAAGCCUUGCUGCAAGAAUUUCAAGGCAAUAUCCUUCCGCCCGACCAUCCUUUAACCAUGCAAGUCGCCAAAGUUGUUGAAAAGCUACUUCCAACCACUCGAGGUCUUGCAGGCGAUGACUGGCGGGUCCAUGUCAUCAACGACCCUCGAGAGAAGAAUGCUUUCGUAAUGCCUGGCGGAAAAGUCUUCGUCUUCUCGGGUAUUCUGCCUAUUUGCCAGAGUGAGACUGGCCUGGCCGCCGUGUUGGGCCACGAGAUCGCUCACAACGUCGCCCACCAUGCCGCUGAGAGGGCCUCGAGAUCUAGUUUCAUCCUCCUCGCUGCUUGGGCUGUUUCCCUCAUCUUUGAUAUUAGCGGCCACUCCGGAAGAACCAUCGCUGAGCUGUUACUGUCGCUUCCGAAUUCAAGAACGCAAGAAGCUGAAGCCGACCGGAUUGGCCUCCUUAUGAUGGCCGAAGCCUGCUACGACCCUCGAGGAGCCUUGGACUUCUGGCAACGCAUGAAGCAAGCGUCGGAAUUCGAGCCACCACAGUUCUUGUCCACGCAUCCCAGCCACUACAAUCGUGCUGAGCAAAUCAAGAAAUGGCUUCCAGAUGCAGAGAGAAUAUAUGCAGAUACAGGGUGCGGAACUGCAAACGGAUUUGAAAAUGCAUUCAAGGAAGCCAUUGCACUCCAUCAGCCUGGAAGGGAGGCCCAAGUUAGACAGCAACGACCGAUAAUGGUGAGACGGAAUGACGAUGAUGACGACGAUUUCUUUUGA